AUGAAAUUGCCUAUGUACGUGAGCGAGAGUGACUAUAAGGUGUUCGCGUCUAUACUGGGUGAUUUCGGGGAACAUCGGGGGCCGGUGAGGCUGGAGGACUUCCUGAAGGCUAUGAAAUCUGUUGGGUUUGGCAGACACGGCGCGUACGAGUUAGUUCCUCCUCCCCGGAUUGGGAGGAAACUGUUCAAUCUGGCGAAGGGCAGUGGCAAACCGGGAAAAGCGAUAUCUGAUCACAUGCAAGAUGGGUGGAAAAUCGAGCUCCACAACUUGUACGGCUGGACAGCAGAGACAUUCUAUACGUACUAA